GCAAGCACAACUUUCUCAACUGCAGAAAAGCUGGUUCUUUUUUCUACAGCUCUCUUACUAGAAAAAACGUUUUGGCCUGUUGAUUUCUUGCUUUCGCAGCUGAUAGCAAUGGCUAGAAAAUCCCCAGAAGAGGAGCAUCCAGUGAAGGCACAUGGAUGGGCUGCAAGAGACUCAUCUGGGGUGCUUUCCCCCUUCAAAUUCUCCAGAAGGGCAACACUGGAGGACGAUGUCAGAUUCAAGGUGCUAUAUUGCGGGAUCUGUCAUACCGACCUUCACUUCAUUAAGAAUGAUUGGGGAAUUUCUACCUACCCUUUUGUACCAGGGCACGAGAUUGUGGGUGAAGUUACAGAGGUUGGCAGCAAGGUGACAAAAGUCAAAGUGGGAGACAAAGUGGGCGUUGGGUACUUCCUUGGGUCAUGCCGCUCUUGUGAGAAUUGUUCUGAAGGCCUGGAAAACUAUUGUCCGAAAGUGGUGUUGACCUCUGGUGCUCCUUACCAUGAUGGAACCAUAACGUAUGGUGGCUAUUCGAAUGAGAUGGUCUGCAAUGAGCACUUUAUCAUUCGCUUCCCAGAGAACUUGCCACUUGAUGGGGGUGCACCAUUACUUUGUGCAGGAGCUACUGUGUACAGUCCAAUGAAAUACUAUGGCAUCGCCAAACCAGGGAGCCACAUUGGAAUCAAUGGCCUUGGUGGGCUUGGUCAUGUGGCUGUUAAGUUUGCGAAGGCCUUGGGGGCCAAAGUGACAGUUAUCAGUACGUCUGAUCGCAAGAAGGACGAAGCUCUAAACCAUCUUGGAGCAGACGCAUUUUUGAUUAGCCGAAAUGUUGAAGAUAUGAAGGCUGCUGCUGGCACAAUGGAUGGUAUACUUGACUGUGUCUCAGCUAAGCAUCCCUUAGUACCCUUGCUUGGUCUUCUCAAGUCUCAUGGAAAGCUUGUCACUCUGGGGGUACCAGCACAGCCACUUGAGCUUCCUCUCGCCCCUCUAGUUGUAGGAAGGAAGUUGGUUGGUGGAAGUAAUGUUGCAGGAGUAGCAGAGACACAAGAGAUGAUUGAUGUGGCUGGAAAGCACAACAUCACCGCAGAUAUCGAACUUGUUUCCAUGGAAGAUUUGAACACAGCUAUGGAACGUCUUGCAAAAGGUGAUGUGAGAUAUCGCUUUGUCAUUGAUGUUGCCAACACCUUGAAAGCUCCUUAAUCUCGUGUUUGGGAAGAUGUUACCAAGAUCUGAUUCCCAUACAGAUUCUUGAGUGAUAUGCUUUAGCAGCGUCUCAUAUCCCUCUGGCAUGGUGAAAUUUGGUUUUGUCUUCUUAAUUUCGAGUGACAAAUUUGGGAAGCUACUUUUUGUAACAAUUUCACUCUGACUUGGAUGCAAAUGAGAUAUGAUGCUGAAUAAUGUAUUGUUUCUGUAUCAAGCUAUUCCAGGGCUCAGCAGACCACAGGGCCUGUGUGAACUAGGUGUUACCUUUAUGUUAUGUAUGCCAGCAGGCUUUGUAAACUCGUAUGGAAUUGGGAUAAUAUGUCAUUAUGAUGCAGUCUCGUGUGUAAAUGGAAGAGACAAUUAAUAAUAAUAAUAAUAAAAUGUUGCUCUGUGCCUUUUUUAUUCUAA